CCAGGGGCCCGGCGGCCCCGCAUUGUGCCCGGCGCCGUCGCGGAGGUCCCGGACGCACGUCACGGGUUGAUGGCUGUGUUCCAGAUGUUACUGCAGUUAGAAGCCUGACCUCCACAUGAUCUCUUUUCAUGGUGUUUCAUUGAUCUUUGCUGUAGUCAUUUCUGGCUGAUAAUGAAAUACUGCGAAUGGUGGCAAACAUUUCUUACAGUUCUGAAGACUGGGAAGCCCAGGAUCAAAGUGCUGGUGGAGUGAGUUCCUGGUUUUCAGCGCAUUAUCCCAGAUGAGACUGUGAUGGCCAUCCCGGGGAGCAGGUGCUGACACACUCCCCAGCCCUAGCCACAGACACCUGCCACCUUCCCAUCUUAAUAUCUAAAUGCCACAGUGCUCCUGGGGCAAGUUGGGCUGGGGUCCACUGUUGCCUUCUAAGACCAUAAAACCAUGGGAAACGCAGAAAGUCAAACUGUAGCGCAUGAGUUUUAUGGAGAAAAGCAUGCCAGCCUGGGACGCAAGCACACGUCCCGCUCGCUGCGCCUCUCGCACAAGACACGGCGGACGAGGCACGCAUCCUCGGGGAAGGUGAUCCACAGGAACUCGGAAGUGAGCACACGAUCCAGCAGCACCCCCAGCAUCCCGCAGUCCCUGGCUGAAAAUGGCCUGGAGCCCUUCUCCCAGGAGGGCACCCUGGAGGACUUCGGGAGUCCCAUCUGGGUGGACCGAGUGGAUAUGGGCUUGAGACCCGUGUCGUACACGGAUUCUUCUGUCACUCCCAGCGUAGACAGCAGCAUCGUCCUUACCGCAGCCUCUGUGCAGAGCAUGCCAGACUCGGAAGAGAGCAGGCUCUACGGGGAUGACGCUACAUACUUGGCUGAGGGAGGCAGGAGGCAGCAUCUCUUUACCUCCAAUGGACCUGCUUUCAUGGAGACAGCGAGCUUUAAGAAGAAACGUUCCAAAUCUGCAGACAUCUGGCGGGAGGAUAGCCUGGAAUUCUCACUCUCUGAUCUGAGCCAAGAACAUUUAACAAGCAACGAAGAAAUCUUGGGUUCUGCCGAAGAGAAGGAGUGCGAGGAGGCUCGGGGGAUGGAAACACAGGCGAGUCCUCGGCAGCUCAGCACCUGUCAGCGUGCCAAUUCUCUGGGUGACUUGUAUGCUCAGAAAAACUCCGGGGUGACAGCAAACGGGGGACCCAGGAGCAAAUUUGCAGGCUAUUGUCGGAAUUUGGUGUCUGAUAUUCCCGAUCUUGCAAACCAUAAGAUGCCACCAGCUGCUGCCGAUGAGACUCCUCCAUACAGUAAUUAUAACACACUUCCCUGUAGGAAAUCUCACUGUCUUUCCGAAGGUGCCACCAACCCACAGAUUAGCCAUAGCAACAGCAUGCAAGGCAGAAGAGCAAAAACAACUCAGGAUGUUAACACAGGCGAGGGCAGUGAGUUUGCAGACAGUGGGAUUGAAGGGGCCACCACCGACACGGACCUCCUGUCCAGGCGCUCCAAUGCCACCAACUCCAGCUACUCGCCUCCCACUGGCCGGGCCUUUGUGGGCAGUGACAGCGGUAGCAGCUCCACCGGGGAUGCAGCUCGCCAGGGGGUGUACGAGAACUUUCGGCGGGAGCUGGAGAUGAGCACGGCCAACAGUGAGAGCCUGGAGGAGGCGGGCUCAGCACACAGCGACGAGCAGAGCAGUGGUACCCUGAGCUCUCCAGGCCAAUCGGACAUCCUGCUGACAGCCGCGCAGGGCACGGUGCGCAAGGCUGGGGCGCUGGCCGUCAAGAACUUCCUGGUGCACAAGAAGAAUAAGAAGGUGGAGUCAGCCACCCGCCGGAAGUGGAAGCACUACUGGGUGUCACUUAAAGGGUGCACGCUCUUUUUCUACGAGAGUGACGGCAGAUCUGGAAUAGACCACAACAGCAUCCCCAAGCAUGCCGUGUGGGUGGAGAACAGCAUUGUGCAGGCUGUGCCUGAGCACCCCAAGAAGGACUUUGUCUUCUGCCUCAGCAACUCCUUGGGUGAUGCCUUCCUGUUCCAGACCACCAGCCAAACAGAGCUUGAAAACUGGAUCACCGCCAUCCACUCGGCCUGCGCAGCUGCCGUGGCCCGACACCACCACAAAGAAGACACGCUCCGGCUGCUCAAGUCGGAAAUCAAAAAACUGGAACAGAAGAUCGACAUGGAUGAGAAGAUGAAGAAAAUGGGCGAAAUGCAGCUGUCUUCUGUCACUGACUCGAAGAAGAAGAAAACUAUAUUAGAUCAGAUUUUUGUUUGGGAGCAAAAUCUCGAACAGUUCCAAAUGGACCUAUUUCGUUUCCGCUGUUAUUUAGCGAGCCUGCAGGGUGGGGAACUACCAAACCCCAAAAGGCUGCUCGCAUUUGCAAGCCGACCGACGAAAGUGGCCAUGGGCCGCCUUGGAAUAUUUUCUGUUUCUUCUUUUCAUGCCCUGGUGGCAGCACGCACUGGUGAAACUGGAGUGAGACGACGUACUCAGGCCAUGUCCAGAUCUGCAAGCAAGCGAAGGAGCAGGUUUUCUUCUCUUUGGGGUCUGGACACUACCUCCAAAAAGAAGCAGGGACGCCCAAGCAUCAAUCAGGUGUUUGGAGAGGGAACUGAUGCUGUAAAGAAAUCUUUAGAGGGAAUAUUUGAUGACACUGUUCCAGAUGGCAAGAGGGAGAAAGAAGUGGUCUUACCUAGUGUCCACCAGCACAAUCCUGACUGCGACAUUUGGGUCCACGAGUAUUUCUCUCCAUCCUGGUUCUGUCUGCCCAAUAACCAGCCAGCCCUGACAGUGGUCCGGCCGGGAGACACUGCACGGGACACUCUGGAGCUGAUUUGCAAGACACAUCAGCUGGAUCAUUCCGCUCAUUACCUGCGUCUGAAAUUCCUAAUAGAAAACAAGGUACAGCUCUACGUUCCGCAGCCCGAGGAGGACAUCUAUGAGCUGCUAUACAAGGAAAUUGAAAUUUGUCCAAAAGUCACUCAGAACAUCCAGAUUGAGAAGUCAGAUACAACGGCUGACAAUUACGGGUUUUCACUUUCUUCUGUGGAGGAAGAUGGUGUUCGAAGGCUGUAUGUGAACAGUGUGAAGGAAACUGGUUUAGCUUCCAAGAAAGGCCUGAAAGCCGGAGAUGAGAUUCUCGAGAUCAAUAAUCGUGCUGCUGGGACCUUGAACUCAUCUAUGCUCAAAGGUUUCCUCUCACAGCCCUCCCUGGGCCUCCUGGUGAGGACCUACCCGGAGCUGGAGGGAGGAGCAGAGCUGCUGGAGAGCCCCCCACACCGGGUGGACGGCCUUGCAGACCUCAGCGAGAGCCCCCUCGCCUUUCUCACCAGCAACCCAGGACACAGGUUCUGCAGCGAGCAAGGCAGUAGUGGAGAGACUGCUCCGGAGGAGACGGAAGGGCCGGACACGGAAUCCUCUGAUGAGAUUGAUCACAGCGGCAAGAGUACAGAACAGGUGGCCGCGUUCUGCCGCAGUUUGCACGAGAUGAACCCCUCUGACUCCAGCCCGUCUCCUCAGGACUGCUCAGGGCCUCAGAUGGCAACCAUGAGACAGCUGUCAGACGCGGAUAAGCUGCGCAAGGUGAUCUGCGAGCUCCUGGAGACGGAGCGCACCUACGUGAAGGACUUAAACUGUCUCAUGGAGAGAUACCUGAAACCUCUUCAAAAGGAAACUUUCCUCACCCAAGAUGAGCUGGAUGUACUUUUUGGAAAUUUAACUGAAAUGGUAGAGUUUCAAGUAGAAUUCCUUAAAACGCUAGAAGAUGGCGUGAGACUGGUCCCCGAUUUGGAGAAGCUUGAGAAAGUCGACCAGUUUAAGAAAGUGCUGUUCUCCCUGGGGGGAUCCUUUCUGUAUUAUGCUGACCGCUUCAAGCUCUACAGUGCCUUCUGCGCCAGCCACACAAAAGUCCCCAAAGUCUUGGUGAAAGCCAAGACUGACACGGCUUUCAAGGCAUUCCUGGAUGCCCAGAACCCCAGGCAGCAGCACUCGUCCACACUGGAGUCUUACCUCAUCAAACCCAUCCAGAGGAUCCUCAAGUACCCACUUCUGCUCAAGGAGCUGUUUGCGCUGACCGACGCUGAGAGUGAGGAGCACUACCACCUGGACGUGGCCAUCAAGACCAUGAACAAGGUUGCCAGCCACAUCAACGAAAUGCAGAAAAUCCACGAAGAGUUUGGGGCUGUGUUCGACCAGCUGAUCGCUGAACAGACUGGGGAGAAGAAGGAGGUUGCAGAUCUGAGCAUGGGGGACCUGCUUUUACACACCACUGUGAUCUGGCUGAACCCACCGGCCUCCCUGGGGAAGUGGAAAAAGGAGCCAGAAUUGGCAGCCUUUGUCUUCAAAACAGCUGUGGUCCUUGUGUAUAAAGAUGGUUCCAAACAGAAGAAGAAGCUGGUAGGAUCUCACAGGCUUUCCAUUUAUGAGGAGUGGGACCCCUUCCGAUUUCGACACAUGAUUCCCACCGAAGCUCUGCAGGUUCGAGCUUUGGCAAGCGCAGAUGCAGAAGCAAAUGCUGUGUGUGAAAUUGUCCAUGUGAAAUCGGAGUCUGAAGGGAGACCAGAGAGGGUCUUCCACCUGUGCUGCAGCUCCCCAGAGAGCCGGAAGGAUUUCCUGAAGGCUGUGCAUUCGAUUCUGCGUGAUAAGCACAGACGACAGCUCCUCAAAACCGAAAGCCUCCCCUCCUCCCAGCAAUAUGUCCCUUUUGGAGGAAAAAGAUUGUGUGCGCUGAAGGGGGCCAGGCCAGCCAUGAGCAGGGCAGUGUCUGCCCCAAGCAAGUCUCUUGGGAGGAGGCGGCGGCGACUGGCUCGAAACAGGUUUACCAUUGAUUCCGAUGCUGUCUCGGCAAGCAGCCCGGAGAAAGAGUCCCAGCAGCCCCCCGGCGGCAGCGGGGACACUGACCGGUGGGUAGAGGAGCAGUUUGACCUUGCUCAGUAUGAGGAGCAGGACGACAUCAAGGAGACAGACAUCCUGAGUGACGAUGAUGAGUUCUGUGAGUCGGUGAAGGGCGCCUCAGUGGACGGAGACCUGCAGGAGCGGCUUCAGGCUGCCUCCAUCAGUCAGCGGGAGAGAGGCCGGAGAGCACUGGACAGCCACGCGUCCCGCAUGGCGCAGCUCAAGAAGCAAGCUGCACUCUCGGGCGGCAGUGGCGGGCUGGAGAGCGCCAGCGACGAGGUCAUUUGGGUUAGGCGUGAAGAUUUUGCCCCCUCCAGGAAACUGAACACUGAGAUCUGACAGCCGCCUGCCCCUAGAGAACGUGUGUAGAUACUUCUCCCGCCCGCCCUCUGCCUGUCCUCCUGUUCGUCGGCCAGGAUGUCCCCUUAGGUCACACUCUUGCACACACGGUUUUGGCAGCUGACUUGGUUCUGAAGCCAUGUAGCCACCUAACUUUGUAAUUUCAAAAAACGACAUCAGAAAGAAUUGUUCAGAAUCUCACACAAGCUUGAGUCCUACCUUCUGUAUAUCGCUAAGGGCUUUUAUUUAUUCUCAAUGAAUCAGGGCCUGAAGAACAAAAAAAAUACCAGAUUCUAUAGCACCAGAAAGCAUCUAACCCCCAGGAGUUGAAGUACGUACAACAGGAGUCCUUUAAGGGAUAGUCUCACACACACACACACACACACACACAAUAAUGAUAAUGAUCGCCCUAUGGGAAAUCAGCCUCUUAGUCCAGAAGCCACUUCCAAACACAAAAUGAAACACAACAGAACGUCUGUACAGCUUGCAGGGUUCAGAUUCCCUUCCCUCUUCGAUGUCUGAGAAUAUCCGUGUAUUUUAAGAAUGUGUGCUGAGAGGGUGGCCAUUUCUGUUUUGAUGAGCCUUGUUUUUUUGUUUUUUGUGUUUUUGUUUUUUUUUUUUUUUUCCCUGUUUUGGUCUAUGGCUGGUCUUAAUCUAUGUCAGUGUUUGGAAGCUCUAAUUUUGCAUAGAAUUAUACAGAUGCCAAACUCUUUGAAAAGAGAUCCAAAUUUAUCAUUUGAGAGAGAGAGAAAGAGAGAGAGAGAGAAAGAAACACUAUUUUUUUGUAUUUUUACCUGAGAUGCAGGGGCACAAAUAGAUGAGAAUUUUACAGUGUUAGUGUAAUUCUGAGUCUAAAAAAAUGAGGAUAUAAUCUUUUACAGAAAGAGUGAGGCGUGGUGAUAUUAUAUUUAUAUAUGAAAGGCCAAUAAGAAACUCAUGGUAAGGAUAUACUUCUUUUCUAUGAAGCAGUUUUUUUUUUUUUUUUUUAAUGUUUAAACCUGCAUUUGAGAUGGGAGUUUGGUUGGAUUGAGCAUAACACUCGAGUGGGCAGCGUGUGAACCUGUUGCACAUGACGGGAGGGAGCCUCGUUCUCAUGGGGUUGCCAUGGUGACCAUUGGUUUUCCCAGCAGACCUGCAUCUCCAUCCAUAGAUGACCUCCUCCUUUCCUGACCUCCACCACCAAACCUCCUAACACAGCAACCUCCUCAGAAACAUCUCUUGUGUUUAACGCUUUCUUCAUGCCAACGAAACAGGGUAAACAUGCGAAAAAAUCACCUUCUAAACAGAUAUCCAAAUAGGGAGAACAAAAACAAGUUAUAGCACUUUCAAAUUUUUUUUAAAAGGUUUAUAGCUUUCCUCCCCCACCCAUUUCACAAUGCCCACUUCCUAAGAAGGGUUUAAAUACUAUGAAAAUUUUCUUUUUUGGGGAAAUUAUCUAUUUGGUGUUUGACACAUCAGUAGGUACUUUAAAGACCUGAAUUUUAUAGUAGCUUUAGGAGUUAUAUUUUAUAAAAAUCAGUUAUGACUUUAUAUUUCCAGACAAUAGAGAGUUCAGAACAUCAUGCUCUUGUGCCCCUGCUUGCUUUUCCCGCUCUCCCUCCCUAUAUCCCUUCCCUUUUGGGUUUCCAGGGCUUUGAGCUUGAUCUUUUGAAAGUUUUAUUCUAUUAAAUUUUUGCUAUAUAUCUUCUGGUUUUCUUAAAGAGCUUUAGAAUGGUUUCUAUACCCUUUGUAUCACUGCAUUGUUCCAUAUUUCAUCUCCGGCUCGAUUGUGUCCAGAUGGAAAACUGAAGCAGAGGCUUCCAGUUCUCGCAUUUACUGGUCCCUGUGCAACGCAUCCAUAUGAAAAUACUGGAAAGUCUGGUGCUCGGAAGAGGGUGCCAUUGUCUCUUGUACAUAAGGUCAUGACGUGUCUAUGUCAAAAGUUCUUAUAUAUUUCUUUUAUAAGCUGAAAGAAGGUCUAUUUUUAUGUUUUUAGGUCUAUGAAUGGAACGUUGUAAAUGCCUGUCAAACAA